CUCGAACCAUCUAGUGCAGACGUGGUAACUGGCGCGCCUUUCUCCCCUCUUUAUCAACACCACACGCAGGUCGACCUCGACUGGAAGCGCCUCCUCGAAUCGAAGAAGUGUCAUGGCUUUCGCUGCUCCCGCGACAUGCGCGUGCCGCAUGGCGCCGCCGCCGCCGCUCGCGGCCGCCUCCGUCUCCGGGCGUGGGCGCUCGCCGUCGUCGGCGUCGAGCUAUAGGGCGGCGGCGCGGUGGUGGCCGGGCGCGAGGAGGGGGAGGCGGAGGAGGUGGGCGGGGUUGAGGGCGAGGUGCGCCGGGCAGUCCGUCGUGAAGCCCGGGUCGGAGAGCGCCGCCGGGGAGGGUUUGGUCGGGGAGGACCCGCCGCGGCCGCCGUUCGAUCUCAACCUCGCCGUCGUGCUCGCCGGGUUCGCGUUCGAGGCCUACACCAGCCCACCCGAGGAUGUGGGCUGGCGCGAGAUUGAUGCGGCUGAAUGUCAGACGGUGUUCCUAUCUGAUUCAUUUCUCCGUGAAGUAUAUGAUGGCCAAUUGGUUGUGAGGCUGAAGAAAGGCGUAAAUCUUCCCGUGAUGGAUCCUUGGGGCACAAGUGACCCUUACGUAGUUCUACAACUGAAUGGUCAAACUGCAAAAAGCAAUAUUAAAUGGGCGACGAAGGAACCAACAUGGAAUGAAGAAUUCACAUUUAACAUUAGUUUAUCUCGAGAAAAUCUACUACAGGUUGCUGCUUGGGAUGCAAACCUUGUUACCCCACACAAACGCAUGGGAAAUGCUGGAUUGUGCCUUGAAUCGCUUUGUGAUGGAAGUAAUCACAACGUUACGGUUGAAUUAGAAGGCCUAGGUGGUGGUGGGACUAUUGAUGUGGAGGUCAGGUAUAAGAGUUAUGAUGACAUUGAGCGUGAAAAACAAUGGUGGAGAAUACCUUUUGUGUCUGACUUUCUUGUGAAGAGCAGCCUAGGAUCUGCUCUUAGAACGGUCCUUGGAUCUGAAAGUAUAAAUGCAAGUCAGUUUGUGCAAUCUGCAUUUGGGCAACUAAGUUCUUUCACUUACACAUAUCUUCCAAAGCCACCAUCUUUGGAUAUUAGAGCUGAGGCCCCUAAAAGGGCUGAACAAUCUGUAGAUAACUCGGCUGGAUCAAAUGAACUUGAACAGUACAAGAUGGAUUCAAAAGCUUCUGGAGAUGAUUCAGAUUGUUGCAGUGAAGCUGAAUCUACUGCUACAGUUGUGAACACUGAAGGAAGCAGCUCGCCAAAUAUGAAGGAAACAGAUGAAUACUUCUGGAAAGCUUUCACCAGUGUACUCAACCAAAAUGUUCUCCAAAAUUUUGGAUUUUCUCUUCCUGAGGUCAAGCAAUUGGAUGGAUUUGACCUAUUGAGUUCACUUGGCUUAAAAUCAAGUGAAAUCGCUGAAAAGGAAUAUUUAGAAUCUGGACUAGCAACAGUAGAUGCAUCAAUCAGUGAAGGCCAUGAAACAACUCCUAAAGAUGCAAUCGAUGUUGACAAAGAAGAUGGCACUAUUCCAAUUAAAGAGAACUUGCCUAAAGAGGAGGUGCAGGCUCCCUUUCCAGACGUUAGUAAAGUUUCUCGGGAUGUAUUAUCUCAAACUGAGAAUAUACUAGGAGCUUUGAUGCUUCUUUCUAGAAGCUUAUCACCACAAGACAAGGAGUCAGUAAUGGUGGAUGAUGGAAGUAAUAAAGAAGAUUCGGUCAAAGAGGAACAAUGUGCUUCUGAUUAUACAGAUAAUGAUGAUGAUGCUGUAUCUACUGAAGUGUUCACUGAUGCACAGAAAGCAGAGGAUAGGCAACGACUGUUUGAGAGUGCAGAGACUGCCAUGGAGGCAUGGGCUAUGCUUGCCACUUCAUUGGGGCGUAACAGUUUUAUAAAAUCAGACUUUGAGAAGAUAUGUUUUCUCGACAAUGUUUCAACAGAUACCCAGGUUGCCAUUUGGCGUGAUUGUUCACGAAGAAGGUUGGUUGUUGCCUUUAGAGGAACUGAACAAUCAAAAUGGAAGGAUUUGCUAACUGACCUUAUGCUAGUGCCUGCUGGACUAAAUCCUGAGAGGUUGGGUGGUGACUUCAAACAAGAAAUUCAAGUUCACAGCGGAUUCUUGAGUGCAUAUGACUCUGUUAGGAAUAGAAUCAUCGCUCUUGUUAAAUAUGCCGUAGGAUACCAGGAUGAAGAAGACGGAGAAAACAUACCUAAGUGGCAUGUCUAUGUGACUGGACAUAGUUUAGGUGGAGCACUAGCAACCCUUCUUGCUCUUGAACUUUCAUCAAGUCUAAUGGCCAAGAGUGGGGUCAUAUUUGUGACAAUGUACAACUUUGGCUCUCCUAGAGUUGGAAAUAGAAGGUUCGCUGAAGUCUACAAUGCGAAAGUGAAAGACAGCUGGAGAGUUGUCAAUCACCGUGAUAUCAUUCCUACAGUACCACGUCUUAUGGGCUAUUGCCAUGUGGAAGCACCAGUUUAUCUUAAAUUUGGAGAUCUAAAAGAUGCACUGGUAGAUGAGGAGACUAUAGAUGAUGAAGGUGAUUCCAUAGGGGAGUACACCCCUGAUGUUCUUGUCAGUGAAUUUAUGAAAGGAGAAAAGCAACUUGUGGAAAAACUACUUCAGACAGAAAUAAAUUUGCUCCGAUCAAUCAGGGAUGGUUCAGCUCUUAUGCAGCACAUGGAAGACUUUUACUACGUCACACUGCUAGAGAGAGUGAGGUCAAGGUACCAAACAGGUGACGGUGCAAAUGAAGACUACCAUCAGUUAACCGCCUGAUCUUAGUACAUGCUUGAAACUCCCAAACCUGGGUUGCCUUUUUCAGGGCUACUGCCGUUCAGCUUCUUUGGCUGAUAGAUAUCAAGAAACAUUGCAAACAAUGGAACCUGUGCAGGACCAGUUUAGGGGUUAUGGUCGAACUCGGAAGUAAGAGGACGCAUUGCCCUUGGUAGUCAGUUUGUAUGAUAAAGCUUCAAGUAAUCAGGACAGUUAUCUGAGGAUCCUCAUCUGCGCAAAUUGCAAAUGGACUUAGAAUGCAAAGACCUUCAUUCCCCGGCCGUAAGUGGUGUGAUUGACACGCACAUCCUUCCUCGUGUGUGGUAAAUUCGUGUAAUCAAACAUAAGGCUUGGAAAAUGCCCUUUUAUCCUCAAGUGCUUUGAACUGUAAAUUAUAUAAGCUCUAUGAUCCUUAGGCUAAGCAGUUAGUAAACGUGGCAAAAAAAAGUGUGGAGGUAUACCAAAAGAUGUACCAAAAAGGGUGAAAUAAGGGGAAUAAAUGCAUAUUUUGGGUCAC